AUGUCUCCAACUCCCUUCCUUCGUCUCCUCCGCCUCUCAAACAGCACACGCUCUCACCUCCCCCGCACACUCCUCUCUCACCACAUCCCCAAUACCACCCGCACCUUCAUCAGCACCCCCAUUUCUCUCCUCCCCCGCAAAGAUUCCCAACACAAAGACUCCAUCGACACCACCCCCACCGAAUACUCCAAAUCCGGAUCUGACGAUGCCGCCGCGCGCGAAGAAUCCGCCGCAUUCGAUCCCUCCAUUACCUCUCCCGAGUCCGAGAAGUCUGAAGCUGGGAAAGGGGGGAGGGGAAUCCGCUAG